AUGUUAUUGAGUAUUUUUAAGUUUGUGAAGGAAAUGAAGGUGUGCAAGUGGCGCCACCUGCGACGGUGUAUCUGUCCCGCUCUUGAGGCGAGGGCGUGUCCCCAGGGCGCCUCCCCCAGUCCGCGGGGACGGACGGGGGCGCCGCGAAGCCCGGGCACUCGGCGCCGCUCUCCCGCGACGCUUAUUCGGUCGGACGAGUUGAACGCGGCGGCGGGCGGGUACACGGGUUCACCGUGGCCGCCGCUGGAACUCGACCCCGUGGGAUGGGGACGAAAGCUAUACCCUUCGGGAGCCCCAAGAUCUUCAGGCGGACUGAUGUUCGGCCUGCACCACCAGGAGGCGGCGGGGGGCAUCCACGCUCAACCCCGAGGGCCUGUCACAUCACUAAAGGAAGAACCCCUCACUCGAGCAUGGAUGACUCCCACCUCACUAGUUGAUAAUACCAAUAGCGUAGGCGUGGGUCGUGCGCACUUCGAGAAGCAGCCACCCAGCAACCUGCGCAAGAGCAACUUCUUCCAUUUCGUGGUCGCACUCUACGAUAGAGCGGGACAGCCAGUGGAAAUUGAACGCACCGCCUUCAUCGGAUUCAUUGAAAAAGAUCAGGAAGUUGAAGGGCAAAAGACGAACAAUGGUAUCCAGUACAGACUUCAAUUACUUUAUGCAAAUGGUAUCCGACAAGAGCAAGACAUAUUCGUUCGUCUUAUCGAUUCGGUGACGAAACAGAGAUUGAAUCCCAUGCGACGGACUAUGCCCACUGCGGCGUCAACCCCAGACAUCCUCGGGGAUUGUCUCAAUUCAAGUAGUGAACUUGAAAAAUGCCCGAGCGUACGGCGCGUAGCGUUCCGCGCGCGCCUCAAAGAGCCAAUAGACCACCACAGACGGGGCCCUAAAGGGCUGAUGUUCAGCCGGGGUUGCGGGCCUAUUGUAUACGAAGGACAAGAUAAAAAUCCAGAAAUGUGCAGGGUUCUACUUACACACGAAGUUAUGUGCAGCCGGUGUUGUGACAAGAAGAGUUGUGGUAAUAGAAACGAAACACCUUCAGAUCCAGUUAUCAUCGACAGGUAA